UACUUUAAAUGCUUUUUGUUUAAGAUAUAUCAUGUAUUGUCACAGGACGCCGAGGGGUUCAUUGGUUUAGCCCCCUGCAAUGCCAGAUGACAAAUGCAUAGAAGAUGGUUUUUGCCAUUAAUAUCAUUGCUGAUAACGAACCUUGUGUUCACAAACUUCUACUACGGAUAGCAGCGGGUUUGCUUCUGGGCCUGUAAUCAGCCUCGGGUCUUUGUACUCGAAGUAUCACGUCGUUGGAUGGUGACGGUGAGGCUCAAAAUAUCACACUCAUCGUUCAUGUCCGUGUUGGCGUAUAUCCCCAGAUCGUCGCUUCAAUGGCACAUCGAGAUAACAAUAUACAGUAUCGGCCAUAUCAGCCGGCUACUACUGGUCUGGACUUCCGUUCAGGCCCCUGGCAAGCUGUUCUGGUCAGACAGGUACUACAUGUCAGACCUAGCCUGUGGACUUUUUGACCCUCACUAUGUAUCUGCCGCAUCAGCCCUGGUUACACCACUCUGGGCACGGCAAAGUUCUAUAAUCUCUUUUGGACACAGUAGCUGCGCCGCGCUCAUAUGCGAACAAAGUCUAAGUUAUCCUCGGACUAAAAUUGUAGUAGUAAUGCGCUAGUGUCCCAUGGCACUAGCACCGCUCGGAACACUCUGGAAAAUUACUUAAUAUGCCGAAAGCGUUU